AUGGGCGAACAGACACGAUGCUUUCCAGCUGGGAGCGGAAAGACCCGGGGUGAGGAGUCACUGAUUGACAGCGAUUUCCUUUCCGUCGUCGUUCCCAUCCUCCAGACUCGCCCCCGCGCGCUUCCACACUGGGCUAAGGACGGAGGAGCGGAGCAGCAGGCACCGGGUGGCGGGGCGGGGAGGACUCGCUGCGAUGGGCGGGGCCGCGAGGCGGGCGCCUACGAGCGCCUGGCGCUGCUGCUCGGCUCUCUCGGGCUGCUGGGCGUCGGCAGCAACCUGCUGGUGCUCGUCGUCUACUACAAGUUCCAGCGGCUCCGCUCUCCCACCCACCUCUUCCUGGCCAACCUCAGCCUCAGCGACCUGCUGGUGUCCCUCUUCGGGGUCACCUUUACCUUCGUGUCCUGCCUGAGGAACGGCUGGGUGUGGGACGCCGUGGGCUGCGUGUGGGACGGGUUUAGCAGCAGCCUCUUCGGGAUUGUUUCCAUUACCACCCUCACUGUGCUGGCCUAUGAACGUUAUAUUCGUGUGGUCCAUGCCAGAGUGAUCAAUUUUUCCUGGGCCUGGAGGGCCAUUACCUACAUCUGGCUCUACUCGCUUGCAUGGGCAGGAGCACCUCUCCUGGGCUGGAACAGGUACAUCCUGGACGUCCACGGACUAGGCUGCACUGUGGAUUGGAAGUCCAAGGAUGCCAACGAUUCCUCCUUUGUGCUCUUCUUGUUUCUUGGCUGCCUGGUGGUACCCAUGGGUGUCGUAGCCCACUGCUAUGGCCAUAUUCUGUACUCCAUUCGAAUGCUUCGUUGUGUUGAAGAUCUUCAGACGAUUCAAGUGAUGAAGAUUUUAAGACAUGAGAAGAAAGUGGCCAAGAUGUGCUUCUUGAUGGUCUUCAUCUUCCUAGUCUGCUGGAUGCCUUAUAUUGUGAUCUGUUUCUUGGUAGUUAAUGGUUAUGGACACCAAGUCACUCCAACAGUAUCGAUUGUUUCUUAUCUCUUUGCUAAAUCCAGCACAGUAUACAAUCCUGUUAUUUAUACUUUCAUGAUCAGAAAGUUUCGAAGGUCCCUCUUGCAACUUCUCUGUUUCCGAUUGCUGAGAUGCCAGCAGCCUGCUAAAGACCUACCAGCAGUUGGGAGUGAAAUGCAGAUCAGACCCAUUGUGAUGUCACAAAAAGAUGGGGACAGGCCAAAGAAGAAAGUGACUUUUAAUUCUUCUUCCAUUAUUUUUAUCAUUACCAGUGAUGAAUCACUAUCUGUCAAUGAUAGUGACAGAACCAGUGGGUCCAAGGUUGAUACGAUCCAAGUUCGCCCUUUAUAGGAAUGAAAGAGUGAGCCUUAGACUGGUAUCACAUUUGGACUUCCAUUAGAAGGAUUGAUCUGGAAUCUGCAUUCUAUGUAAUGUCAACAAGACUUUUGUGGUCCAGAGGGAAAUCUGACUGCCUGCAUGUUCUCUGGACUCCAGAAGAAACAAGACAAAUUAUUUUAAUGCAAUGGGUGCUUUACAUAACAAAACCCCACUGGUGGCACAAGACCAGCAUCUGGCACCAUCAUCUUCUAACAUGUUAGAAUUUUUAUUUCAGAUAUAUUUUUGAAUGACUAUAUUUGCCAAAGCACAUACUAAUUUUUCUUGAAAAUAUUUCAUUGUAAAAAUAACUUUGUCUCAAACAUAUGUGUGAAAUAGCUAGACCAUCUUUAAUUCUCUGUAGUUUUGGGUCCUAUUUAGAGUCCAUUCAUAUGUUUGACCAAACAGAAUUUAUCCUCCGCCCCCCGAUAAUUGCAGCCAACAGAGAAAUUCUACAUUCAAUUUAUUUGUAUGCUGGCUACUAUCUUUCAAUAGUGAAGGAGAUAAAUUCUAGGGUAAAAAUAAAUUCCCUACCUUUAUCUAUAACUAUAUGUAUAAAAUGAGGACGGUUAGCCUAAUGAGCUGCUAAGAACAUCAUAGCAAAGAAAAAGAAUGCCAUGACGUCAGGGUAGUUAUGGCCUAUGGUGAAUUAUACAGCAGUGUGAGAAUGUACAUGAUAAAGAUGACGUCAGUGGCAGGUGAGUAUCUCCAUCUAUUUUGAACAUGAGCAUGGCAGGAUUAUCUCUUCCUUUUAAUAAUUUCCCAUAAUUUUUCCAGUAGUUCUAGAUUUAUAAAAGGAGUCCCAAGUAAACAUACUUAAUCUAAAGAGGUAUGGAAACAGGAAUUUGAGUGUAUUCAUAAAAUAUAUUAUUUAGUCUUCAUUGCUCCUCAAUUAGUCUGUUAGUCAGUGUUAGUGAAGGGGCCACUUUUUCCAUGAGUCCCUGUUUAAACUUGUAAGAAACCAGAAUAUGCUACCCCCAAACAUGCUCCGUUGCAUAAUGAUUAUUUUGAGCUGAAAACAAUUGAGAAGAAAUGAUACAAGAAAGCUUUCUGCCUCUCCUUACUGGCCUAAAAGCAAGACCCAAAUUUACAAAUGUGCCCCCUCCCCCUCUUUACCAGCAAAAACAAGGUUGACCACCACAGAAGACUUUAGACAUUCGUCAGCCUGGAGAUAACACCAGAAGAAUCUGCAUGGAAAACUCCCAGUUGUUUACCUUCCUACAAGUUGCUGCCCUCAGUCUGGAAGUCAUUUUUCUUUGUCUUGGCAUUUCUCUAAAAUUUACCGUUCUUGGUGGAAGAUGUUAAUUUAAGCCAGGUCUUUGAGAUUUACUCAUUCUCUGGUUAUCUUCCAUGUGAAAUAUACAUGUUAAUAAACUUCUACUUGUGUCUGUUUUUCUCUUUAUAGUCUCUGUCUUUCGUUAUAGGGGCCCCAGUUAAAGACCAAAGGAUUGGUAAAAGGAAACAUUUCUCUUCCCUUACACACCAAACAUGGGUUAUUACGAGUCAAGAAUGUUUUGACAACAUUGAAAAGAAACACUGAAUCAUUCUAUUUCAUUGCUUAAUUUUAAAUUUCCUAAAUAAAUUUACUUCUAGUGUUACAUCUUUAAUCAUGUUUGAGCAACUUCUACAGGUGACUCAGUUGACCUACUGAAGAAGGAUGAACCAAAGAAAAUAUACUCAAUGAACUUUUAAAAUCAAGUUCACUCCUGGUUCUGUUGUAAUACGUCAUUAAAGAAUAAGUUAUUAAAUUGCUUCUGAAGGUCUGAAAUGGAGUAAAAUAUGGCUUUAUAUUUCUAUAAAAGCCAUUCCCCUUGUUUCCUUUCCACACUCAUGUAUAUGUAAAUGUUUAAUUUAUGAAUAAAAUCCUUUCUUAGCCUUCUCCUAAUAUGGCACCAAUGGCUUUCUUAUUUCUUCAGAAAGUCAUAUUGGCAUUUUGAGGCU